GUAACAAAGUAUGACAUAAAAACCUAAUACAAAAUAUGUACAUUAAUAUCAUGCAUCGUCACGCGUUGCUUUUUACUGUCUGUAUAUAGAUCAUGAAGGAAGAAGGAUCGCAAAUAUACAUCAGAACAGAAAAAGGCUAUAUUGGUGACAUGCAAUAUUGAAAACGUAAUGAGAUGGAAGGCGAACGUAAUAUUUAUGAUGUCAUUGUCGUUGGUGCAGGAAUAGAAGGAUCUGCCACAGCGUACAGCCUUGCAAAGGAUGGAAAACGGACGUUGUUACUAGAACAGUUUACGUUACCGCACAACCGCGGGAGCUCUCACGGAAAAUCUCGAAUAACAAGACGUAAUUAUGGUGCAAGAACUAUCUACGCUAACAUGAUGAAGGAGGCGUUCGAACUAACGGCACAACUAGAAACUGAAUGCAGAGAGCAGCUUUUUGUAAAUUGCGAAUAUCUUGAGUAUGGACCGAAAGGUGGUAGCCUUGUUACAGAGUCAAAACAAUGUCUGACAGACUAUCAUGUUCCGCAUGAAACAUUUGACGUAAAGGAACAGCGCAAAAGAUACCCGCAUAUAGAACUUCCGGAUAACUAUGAGUUUGUGCUUGAGAAGACCGGCGGAAUUCUCCGAGCAGACAAAAUGCUUAGUGCUUUUCAGAGUGAAUUUGUACGGUAUGGUGGUACUAUUCGAGACGGUGAAGCAAUGUUAGAUCUUUUUCCUGGUGAUACAGUAUCGGUGAAGACAACGAGGUCGGUCCAUAAAGCACAAUCUGUAGUGUUGACUUUGGGUGCAUGGGCUGCAAAAUUUCUUCCAAGAUUAGGUAUCAAGGUUAAACUUCAGCCCGAAGAGAUCAAAGUGUAUUACUGGAAGCAUAAAGAUAAUAGCAGUAGGUUUGACCAUAAGACUUAUCCGGCAUUUUUCACAAAGACAGCGGCAGGGAAAUAUACAAUAUACGGUCUUCCCGAGGAUGAAUAUCCUGGACUUGUCAAGAUAUGUCUGCACGAAGGUUCGAGCACAGACCCGGACAAGAGAGAUGGUACGAAGAACGACUGGGUCUUGGAAACAAUGAAACUGAUCAUUGCAACUCAUUUUCCGACAUUAGAGAAAGAACCUACGAUUGCGGAAACAUGUAUUUAUACAAAUACUCCAGACAAACACUUUAUACUGGAUGUCCAUCCAGUUUGGAAAAAUAUUGUGCUUGGUGCUGGAUUUUCAGGACAUGGAUUCAAGCUGUCGCCAGUCGUAGGAAACCUGUUAGCACAAUUAGCAACCGGACAGCGACCGUCAUAUGAUAUGUCACCAUUUAGAAUUCACAGAUUCUUCAAAAAUAAACUAUAAAGUAUAAUAUUUGUUAUGCUUGCUUUUUCGAUCAUCAAGUUGGAAUAUUCAAAUUAUCAGUGAAAGUUAGCUUAUUAAAUAACAUCUAUGCAGGGCAGACGUAAAAUAUUAAAGAGUUCUACCAAGAAGCUGUGAUAUGUUUGAUCUUUUUAUAGACAUAUCCUAGCACCAUCAACGAAUAAAAAUAUGAUAAUCCAGUCAAAAACAAUUUUUAAUGAACUUAAAAUAGAAUUUCCCAUGUUUAAGCAUGUCGAUUGAGGAGUUUUACCAAAAGGCUUUGACAUGUUUGAUCUUUACAUAGACAAGUCCCAGCACUAGCAAGGCAUAAAAUAUUGCAAUCUUAUCCAUCUAAACACAUUUUAAUGAACUGAAAAUAGAGGAUUUCCUAUGUUUGAGCAUGUAGGAUAGGCAGGACAAAUCGAGUUUUAUUUGAAAUUACGUGACUUUGGUCCAAGAAUUCCAUUACAUUUUCUUGAGAUGUUUAUAUGCAAACAAUCUAAAUUAUAAAAUAUGCAUUAAAUCUGAGAUAAAAAAAGUUUAUAAUUACUAUAAAGAACAAAUCUGUAUGGCUUUAAAAACUUUUUUACCUGUUGGCAAACGAAAAUGGUAUGCAAAUAAUACAAUAAGCACAAAGUAGGAAUGGGAUGUUGAUUGCAUCAACAUAACUCUAAAUAAGUUUUAAUUCAAAGUAGUAAUACGAGGUUAAAAGACACUGUCAGUUGCACAGUUUGGCUGUCUACUUUAGAAGUAAAAUGUACCCUAAAGGUGUUCAUGUCAGCGAUCACCAGUUCAAAAAAGUACAGGGAAUUUUAUGGAAAUAUAGUAAUCGUAUUCUUGGGAAUAAGGUAAUGUUUGUCCGUUAUGAUUGGCCAGCCAUGUAAAUAAGGGAUUUCUUUCUUUUUCAGAAUUGAACUUUUUACUGCAUUUACAGUAUUUCAUUAUACAUGUUGACAAAAUUUGCUACAAUUUAUGUGUAUUGAAAUUAUAAGAUGAAUUUCACCCACCAUGCACAAGAUGUAAACAGGAGAUCAUCUCAUUCACACGAAAAUAACUUGAAUAAAUUAUGACUAUUCAUA